UGACAUAUUUAUUUAUGUUUAUGACAUUGUGGUUGAGUCGAGUCAAAUCGCUUUGAUGUGAAUAAUGGUAGUUUCAAUCAAGUAAUCUCUAAAAUAAGGAACUAUUGAUUUUAUGAUUAACCCUUACGGAAAAUAAAACUCGUGUAAAAUUGUGUCUGGAACGUAAUACAUUAUUGAUUAGUCUAUUUGGUGCUCAAGUAUGGGUGCAGUACUAGGUCUUUGUUCAGCAGCUCAGCUGGCGUGCUGCUGCGGGAGCGCGGCAUGCUCGCUGUGCUGUUCAGCAUGCCCAUCAUGUGCCAAUUCCACCUCAACACGGCUCAUGUAUGCUGUCAUGCUGCUACUCGUGAUGAUAGCGGCUUGUGUCACACUAGCUCCUGGACUACAUGAUGAAAUGAAAAAGGUACCAUUUUGCAAAAACUCAACACAUUAUAUACCUGGGGACUUAAAAGUGGACUGUGAUCAGGCUGUUGGCUACCUAGCUGUUUAUCGAAUAUGUUUUGCAGCAUGUCUCUUCUUUGUUUUGAUGGCUCUCAUAACAAUCGGCGUCAAGUCUUCGAAGGAUCCUCGAGCUGGCAUACAAAAUGGCUUCUGGGGCAUCAAGUAUCUAUUAGUAAUCGGCGGUAUAAUUGGCGCUUUCUUUAUCCCUGAAGGACAAUUUGCAUCAACAUGGAUGGUGUUUGGCAUGAUUGGAGGCUUCGGUUUCAUAGUUAUACAGCUCAUAUUAAUUAUUGACUUUGCCCAUUCCUGGGCUGAACGAUGGGUUUCUAAUUAUGAAGAGUCGCAGUCGCGCACGUGGUACGCGGCGCUCCUGUUAGCUAUGUUAACGUGCUAUGCCCUAGCUAUCACUGGCGUUGUUCUUCUAUAUGUGUACUAUACUAAAUCAAGUGGAUGUGACCUAUCCAAAUUCUUCAUUUCGUUCAACUUGAUCCUGGUGGUGCUUGCUAGCGGCAUAUCCAUACUGCCGUCGGUACAGGAGCACCAGCCGCGCUCGGGCCUGCUGCAGUCAGCUGUGGUCUCACUGUACGUCAUGUACCUGACGUGGUCCGCACUGUCCAACGCGGACAAAGCCUGUAACGGCAUCACCGGUGGAUCUAAUGAGUCGUCCUUCGACAAGCAGUCGAUCAUCGGGCUGGUCAUUUGGGUGUGCAGCGUGUUGUACUCCAGCAUCAGAACUGCCUCCUCCUCCUCCAAGAUUACCAUGUCGGACCAUAUCCUCGCCAAGGACGGAAACGGAGGGCAAGGAGGGCUCAUUGCUAACGAAGAGGGCGCUGACGGCGGCGAGGCGGGCCGCGGCGAGGAGGCCAAGGUGUUCGACAACGAGGGUGACGGCGUCGCCUACUCCUGGACGUUCUUCCACGUCGUGUUUGCGCUUGCUACGCUUUACAUCAUGAUGACACUCACAAAUUGGUACAACCCGAGCUCGCAGCUUUCGAAGGAGAACGUCGCAUCAAUGUGGAUUAAGAUCACAUCGUCGUGGCUGUGCGUCGGUCUAUACGUUUGGACCCUAGUCGCGCCAGCCGUAUUCCCUGACAGGGAGUUCAACUAAAUAUUUGAUUCGGACUGAUAAGUAGAACUGAGCUGUCACCAAGCCAAGCCGCAAUCACGACUAUCCUUCAAAAAUGUAUAGUAGGAUUUAGGUUUUCGAUCAAAAUCAGCUUGGCAUAUGUUCAGGAACAUGAAUCAGUCUUCAAAUCAUAUGUAACCUGAUUUUAGUAUGUAGUUCGAUCUUUGUGUUUAAAAUUAUUAUACCAUCAAUUAUUAUAAUUAGAUACUCGUAGACCUGUUCAAUGUUAUUGUAGUAAGUCAUGUAAAUCCUUAAUUAUUAAGAUCUCAUAAAAUUAUAUUCUAUUUACAUAUUUCCAUUCUAUUCCUGUCUUAAACUUCAUUUACUUUGCAAUUUCUAUUUUGCAUUCAAUUCCAAGUUCUGAGAAGGUUUUCUUAAUUAUUAUUUUUUUACUAAUUAAAAUGGAUUUAAGCAUUUGUUACUCUGUCUUUAUGUCUGUACUAAUUAAUAAAUUCAAUCCACACCCCA